AGUCAAAUACAUAACAAAGAUUAUAACAGAUGACGACGACGACGAGCGGCAACAACAUGAACGGUACACAGAAGAAAAUUGGACCUUUACAAAUUGGAAAGAAGUGAUCAAUGAAGAAUCUACACAAAAUUACCUCAACAAAUCAUUCGAACCCGAAUCCAAUAAUUUGAGCCAAGAGGUCGCGAGAAUCUUUGAUGACGAUGAAGUGCAAUCCGAUAACGAGGGAGAAAAGCGAGCAGAUAUGGUGGAAGAUAAUAAGAAAGAUGAGAAAGACAAUGAUGAUGUCGAAUUACUCGAAUUUUUUCAGGAUGUAUUCAAAAAUUUAGAUUCGUGUCGACACGAUCAAAAAUCAGAUUAUGAUAGAAUCAGUUCACAGUUUUCGUCAUUCGAUGAAGAACUUCGUGACAUUCAACGAGAAAUCGAAGAAUUGGAGGCUAUUUGCUUGAAACAAAAACCAUGUACUUUUAAGCGGAAUCGGAAUGGGUUUUAA